AUUUAAACAUUUCCACGUCAUAAUAAAAUUGUGACUAUUGUAUUUUGGGCAACUUGAUACGAAUAUGUGAAGUCAUCUUUUUUUUUUUUUUUGUCAUCUGAAGUUUCAUAUAUCACAAAGGUUAACAUUACAAACACCUCCUUUACACGGAUCCAACACAAAAAGCAAAUCUAAACCAAAGACAAACUAAUAUGUGAAGUCAUCAUUAUCUGGAUUUAUAAAUCAUUUACGGUUUGUUUUAUUUUGAUAUUUAUAACUUACGUGUUUAAUAUUUCAGAUAUAUCUAACUAUAUGUAAUUGGAUGGAAUCAUUAAACUGAAUACAGAUUAUGACUUAACAUAUUCGUAUCAAAAUUUAUUUACUGUAUAAUAAAUCAUUAAAUAUCUACUGUAUUCAUCUAACUAUAUAAAGUCAUUAAAAUAACGUAAUUACAGAUUGAGUUAGGUCUAUUGGGAUUGUAACCAGUAAACCAUAAAAUGGGGGUGAUACACGCCACCUUUCACUCUUUGCGUUAUUUCAUCAAACGUUUCUUUUUUUUUUCCCAUCAAACGUCUUCUUAAAUUAGGCAUGCGUUUUGGAGUCUUCGGAUUGGUUUCAAGCCGGUUUUUUUUAGAUCCAGGUCCUUCGGAUCAUAAACAUUUAGAUCUAAUAGAUACUUAAAAUUUUUCGGUUCGGAUCGGUGCUUCUCAGGUCCGGAUCGGUUCAGAUCUAUAAUUAAAUACCCAUAAAAUACCCUUAAUAUUUCGGAUCCAUUUCGGGUCCGGAUCGAGUUCGAGUAUUUAGAAUCUAAAAAGGACAUGACAUACUCAUCUCUAUCACAUUUAGUCGAUAUUUAUCAUAUAUAUGAUAUAUCUAAAAUUUUACAAAAUAACUUAAAUGAAGCUAUUAAUAACUAAAAUAUAAUAUUUUUAAACUCUAAAUUUUGCAUUUUAAAACUUCAUAUUACUUCAAAAAUAUUACGAAAUAAUAACAACUAUUAUUAACAAAAGAUAUUUUAACUAAAUCGUGAAAUAAUACAUAUAAAAUAGAACACACACAAAAUUAUAGUUUUGGAUAUAUAUAUUUUUAAGUCGGAUACAAACCAGUUUUUAUCAGGUCUAGUUUAUUCGGAUUGGUUCUUUUCGAAUCCGGGUCUAUUCGGCUCGGUUCCUUUCGGGUAAAAAUGUUUUAAAUCCAAAAAAUAUUUAUAAAUUUUUGGUUCGGUUCUAGAUCGAGUAAUUUUGAGAUAGAUUCCAGUUCAGACUUUCGGAUCCGAGUUAAUAUGUCCAUCCCUAUCUUAAACGUUAGAUUUUUAAUCUCUUUUCGUCCAACAGUAAUAUUCACUCCCUCGGCCGUCGGAUCUUCAAAUUACUUAAAAAAGAAAGCUAGCUCUUUGAGGCCUCAUAAAUUUGGCGUUGAUAAAAAGAUACGUAAAUGCUUUUCAAACUGAGCCCCACACUCAACAAAUAUUCGAUAGAGUGUGACUGAGAAAGACUCGAUAUAUAGGCUUCGGAUGGUGAUCAUCGUCCCGCUCCGCUCCGCCCCGCGGUUAACAGUAACAAAAAUCUCUAUAUAUACUAUAUAUCUAUACAUUUUUAUAACUAUUAAAACCGCACUGCAAUUAAACCACUUAUCCUGUACUGCUCAAAUCGCAAUCACCAUUCGAAGCCAUAAUAUCUUUGAGUACUAAAUCAUAUUUAUAUUCUUAUGUCCAUGUAACAUUAGUAGUAUAAUAUAAUAUGUGGCGUGUGUGACAUGACAUAUUGACAUGUACAGAUGUACUCAACUCAACAAACAACGGAUCUUUAUAACAAAACCAACGAGCAUAUCUAAAGGUAUGAUUAACCCAGGUUUUUUUACGAUGCUCACACUUCAUCAUCAAAACCAAUUUCAACGGAUGAUAAUUGUUUGACAAUCAUGUUGAACUAAUUCACAUGUGCGGAAACAAGGCUACAUUUUUCCAUCUUCAGUUGGAAGAGUUUCUUUAUGAGUAAUCCUUUACAUAUUAAAAAAAAUUUCAUGAGCCUUUCCGUUGUUUUUUCUUCGAUAGUGUUAACCUUCUAACACCAAGAAUUUGUUUGUCAAGAAGAUCCCACCCAUCCUGAUUCGUUUUCUCAUGAUUCUUGUUCAGUGGUUGAUGAAUAUUUUUUCCGUACAUAUAAUUUUCAAUUUGAAUUCUGUAAAAUGCAUAAUAUGUACCGUCAAAGUCAUGGAACCACCGUGUAUUAGAAUACCUCUGUAAGCACAUCGAUGUUACCUAAAAAAGUUCACUAUUCAUGAGUUUACUAUUAGCGUGAACAGUAAUCCUGCAAAAGAAAAAUUUACCGAUCACCAUAACUCAAACUUUGAUACCAGUUAUUAGAAAAUACAUGUCAAAUUUGCGGGAAACAAGAUUUAUGAGAGUGAAUAAACACACAAUUUUUGUUAACAUAGUCUGUCAAUGUUACCUACAUCUCCAGACUUUGUACAGAUCUCUUAUCAUAAAUUCUUUUUUUUUUACAACACUCUCAACUCACAGCGAUUACAAAUAGACUUUAAAAUUACAUUAUAUAUAUAUAUAUAUAAAAGAGGGUUUGAAUCCUUCACAUGAAGCCACAUGGGAUGACAGCUUGUAAAGUUGUUUCACGACAUGCUGACACGUGUCCCAUGAAGCCAAAACGCAGCGAUUCAUUAAACAUUUGUUCUUUGGGCUUCAUUUGAUACGGUAAUUGGUCUAUUGGUAAUAGUCUGGGCUCGACUUGAAAGAGAACACUCUAACCCUAAUACUCUGCAUCGACUAAACAGACUUUGUCUCUUCUCAUCUCCGGCGGCUUUUCGGUGACCUGAAACAGUGUGAUUAAAUGUCUUCCUCAUAAAUCCCAUUUAUUGGCUCCAUCACAAUGUGUAUUCAAAGCUUUCUUUCUAUCUUAGAGGCGGUGUCAGGAUCUGUAUAAAUAGAGGUUGGAUUCCUCCCCUUGAAGAAAACAUUUCACAAGAAAUCUUUUUAUUUCUUCUCUCUUGCUCACUUUCUUCGUCUCUUGUUUUCUCUUACUUUUGGGAUGAGAUUCCACAAUGAAGAUGAUAUUUAUAGAAGUUUACCGGGGUUGGUGGAGCCAACAAAUGUUGACUAAGAAUAGAAGAAGGAAGUAAAAGAGAAGUCGCGUGUUGUUUUCUCCAUAACUCAGCUCCCACUUCUUAUCUUCUUCUCUCUUCAAUCAUUUCAAAGGAUUUUUGCUGUGUGUUUGGAACUUUGGAUGGUGACGGAAGGAAUGCGUGUUGGGAAAUACGAGCUUGGGAGAACGCUUGGUGAAGGGAACUCUGCAAAAGUCAAACUCGCUACGGAUAUUGUUUCUGGCCAAUCGUUUGCCGUCAAAAUCAUCGACAAGUCUCGUACCAGUCGCCUCAAUGUCCCUUUUCAGAUUAAGAGAGAGAUACGCACACUCAAAGUUUUGAAGCAUCCAAACAUUGUCAGAUUGCAUGAGGUCUUGGCUAGCAAAACCAAGAUCUACAUGGUCCUUGAAUGUGUCACUGGAGGAGACUUAUUUGACAGAAUUGUGUCCAAAGGAAAGCUUUCGGAAACUGAAGGAAGAAAAAUGUUUCAGCAGUUGAUUGAUGGAAUAAGCUAUUGUCAUAACAAGGGCAUUUUCCACAGAGAUCUCAAGGUCUGCGUUUACAAAAAAAUUGUAUGUAAUAUCCACUCACACACAUGUUGUGAUACUAAGGUUUCUGUUUUGAAGCUAGAGAAUGUUCUUCUUGAUGCAAAUGGGCACAUUAAGAUCACUGAUUUUGGCCUUAGUGCUGUGUCUCAGCAUUUUAGGGAAGAUGGAUUGCUACAUACAACCUGUGGUAGUCCUAACUACGUCGCGCCUGAGGUUCUAGCUAACAAGGGCUAUGAUGGUGCAGCAUCAGAUAUAUGGUCAUGUGGAAUAAUCUUGUAUGUUAUUCUUACUGGUUGUCUCCCUUUUGAUGAUACAAACCUUGCCGUUCUCUGCCGGAAGAUAUUCAAAGGCGACCCUCCAGUACCUAGAUGGUUAUCACCUGGUGCUAAAACCAUGAUCAAAAGAAUGCUCGAUCCAAAUCCAGUCACAAGGAUGACAGUCGCAAGUAUUAUGGCUAAUGAUUGGUUCAAACACGAGUACUCUCCUUCCAGUUGUGAUAAUGAAGAUGAUGAAGAAGAUGUAAGAAUCUGUUGCGUCUCAUCAUGUUGGCGUUCCCAUGCACUUGGAUCUAUGUGCAUUGCCUUUCUCAAAAUCUUGCCUUUUUUGUUAUUUAUGAUAAAGGUAUCAGAAGAAGAGAAGAGCCAUGAUUCACCAACCAUCAUCAACGCCUUUCAGCUGAUCGCAAUGUCACCGUUUCUUGACCUCUCCGGUUUGUUUGAGACAGAGGUAAACAAUACAUUCUUGUCUUCAUUUACUCUGUUUCAAGAUUGUUCUUUGCUCACAACAAAGAUGUGUAUUACUUUGACUCAGACUGUAUCAGAGAGGCAGAUAAGGUUCAUGUCAAAUAGGUUAGCCACUGAUGUUAUGGAGAAAAUAAAAACAAUCCUCAUGGAGAUGGGUUUCUGCGUACAGAAGAAACACACAAUGUUAAAAGCAAUCCGAGAAGAGAGUACUCGAAAAGGGCAAGGCGGGUUAUCACUAACGGCGGAGGUAUUCAAGAUGAUCCCAUCGCUGAAUAUGAUUGAACUAAGAAAAUCACAUGGCGAUUCAUCUCUAUAUAAACAGUUGUGCGAGAGAUUACUAAACGAAUUUGACGCAUCAUCCCAAAGAUGAAGAACAAAGGGUUGCUGCAAAUCAGACAAAACCGCAUCAUCUCCUCACUGCUUAACACACACACAGAAAAGAAAGACGAAAGCUUAAAAAGGAGUACUACAAUAUUACUCUCUCUUUUUUUUUUUGUCACAAAUACUACAAUAUUACUCUAAAGUCGUAUUAGUUAGAUGAUCUUACAUAGAUGUUCCAAAACAACAAAGCAGCUAAAGAGAAUCUGAAACUAAAACAGCGCAAGGGUAAGAGAGUCUGAAACUAAACCAGAUGAUAUUACUAAGAGUUCAUCAUGUUAUAUCUACCACCAUGUUGAUAACUAGCUCAUCCUGCAAAAAAAAAAAAAAAAAA